AUGGUCAGUAAACUUGCCAGUCUGUUAGGAGAUGCACCUCCUUCUUUAGAGGAAUUGAAGCAUAUAUCCAAAUCACCUUCAACAACAAAUGUAACUGCUCAAUCUACUAAAUCAGCACCUAUUCAAAAUCCUGAUCAAGACCAAACAAAAACCCUCAUCAGACAAGAUCAGCCAAUCACUUCAGCUCAACAAGCACAAAAAGAUGUCAAAUCAGACGACAACGAUCUGAUCUCUUCCAUUCUUGAGCAAGUGACUACAGGCGUUAAAAGUACUUUUAUACCUCCACAGAUACCUUCUGCACCGGCACCUUCUCAGCAACAAUUUCCCAUGAAGAGACCAUCACAAGAAGUAAUCGCAUUGACAACACCCACAAAGAUACAAAAAAAAAAGAGGAGUAGAAAGAAUAAAAAGAACAAGAAUAAGGUUAUACCUGAAGUCGUGCAUAGAGAUACACCAAAAGAAGAAGAAGAUGUGGAUUUUGAUACCGAAAUGGACAGAUACUUCCAAGCGACUACUAAUGCUCAAAAGAAGCAAGAAGAAGAGAAAACAGAACCGAUAAGCUCACAUGAACAAAAAGAUACAUCAGCUCUGAAAUAUUCACCCAAGAAAAGAAGUAUGGAAGAGGUUGCCUAUGAGAUAUUGGGUAAGCCUAUAAAGAAGUUGAAACAGCAACAACAACAACAAAAGCAGAAGCAGGCACAACUAAAGAAAGCGCCUCAGCCUAAAAAAGAGUUUGUACCGUUGGUACCUUGUAAAUACUAUGCUCAAGGCUAUUGUAAAGAUGGUGAUAACUGUACAUUUAAGCAUGACAAUACGAAUGAUCCUGAGGACGAACUGUGUCGAUUUAAGCAUGAAGGUCCAAGGGACAUAAAGAUAUGCCAGUUCUACAAGACGCAAAGCUGUACGAAAGGAGAUGCUUGCCCAUUCUCUCAUGAUUUGAAAUUGGAACCCUGUCGUUUCUAUCACAUCCAAAAAGUGUGUGAGCAAGGAGAUAAAUGUCCUUAUUCACAUGAAACACUGACGGAUGAAUCUCUACAACGGCUGCGCCAAUUAACUGGUCCUUGUCGCUUCUGGCAAUUUAAAGGCUACUGUGUUACAGGAGAUCAAUGUCUGUUUGCGCAUGAUGAUAUAUCAGAAGAAGAGAGAAAAAAGCUUGAAAGUACGAUUACACCUUGUAUUUACUACCACAUCAAAGGUGAAUGCCGUUCUGGGGAUGAUUGCUUUUAUUUACACGAUGAGGCCACUCCAGAACAAGUCGCUAAAUUAAAGAGCACCCAAAAUAAAUGA